UUUGUGUGUUGGUCGUAUCAAUUCCGCAGUCGUUCUCUUUUUUCCUUCCAUAUCCUCUCUACCUUCCUUUUCACUCAUUUCGUUAAUUCGGGCUUACAGAGCAUUGGGCCCUUAAUCACCUUCAUUUUUUGCAGCUACUACUUUUGAUCCUUCAUCUCCGCACCCCCCUUCCUAUUGCUUUUGAACAUCUUUGUUUUACCAACACAUUUUUCGUUCCUCGGUCGAAAGCGUUUUACCAGAUCUCUUCGAUCAGCUUUAAUUCGUACGCCAGUCCAGUGUUUCAUUUUUAUUUUAUUUGUUACCCCUAUUAUCUUGCGAGCGAGUGAAGCGGAACCGGGGACGCUUAGAGGAGGAGAAGGCUGGAGAAAAGUGAGGGAAUACGGUAGUCCUCUUGAUCCCACUCGACGCGCACACUUUCCAAAGAGCCCUGGCGGUGGUGUUUCUCCAAUAAGAAAUUAUCUGGUUCGCACCUUGAGCAGAUCCAAUUACUUUCCUGCGAAUUAACCCAGCUACCAAUCGCCAGCUGGCCGGCGACCGUUUUCUUUCGUGUUCACCAGCCCCCUCUCUUGCUCCCGAAGGCCCCCUCAUCAUCCGAGGACCUUCACAACCAACGAACAAACAACUGCUUGCUGCUGCCUGUAGCUACUAACACGAAAUGUCACUCAAACAAGAGAUUGAGAGUUGGGUUGAGGCUUUGAACUACUAUGACCAGCAGAACUACGAGAAGGCCUUGGAGGUGUUCGAGGCCAAUGCUGACACAUCUAAAAUUUACUUCAAUAUUGGGAUGAUCCAUGCGACACUUGGUGAACAUGAUAAGGCUGUCGAAGCAUACCAAAAAGCUACUAAGCUCGAUCAGUUCCUUGCCGUUGCAUAUUUCCAACAGGGCGUAUCAAAUUUUUUACUAGGAGAGUUUACAGAGGCUAUGGCGAACUUCAAUGAGGCCCUUUUAUAUUUGCGGGGCAAUACCUACAUCGAUUACGAUCAACUCGGUUUGAAAUUUAAACUCUUUUCAUGCGAGGUGCUGUUUAAUAGGGGUCUUUGUUACAUAUACGAUCAGGAUAUCGAACAGGGGAUGAAGGAUUUGGAAUAUGCUGCAAAGGAGAAACAGGUGGAUGACCACAGUGUGAUUGACGAGGCUAUCAAGGAACAAGCUGAGGGAUAUACCGUAUUUUCCGUCGGUGUUGGUAUUUUAUAUCGACCUAAUGAGGCCAAGGUCAAAAAUGUGAAGGCCAAGGAUUACCUAGGAAAGCCAAGAUUGGUUGCAGCAUCGGAUGCCCAGAAUGCAUUCACAGGCUUUGCAGGGACGGAGGUUAAGAAGAAUAUGUCGGAAACCGCUCCAAUAGACGAUCGAACGGACAUCUCAUUUGCUGCGACGAAACUUGUCAAAUCGGAGCUGAUUCCCCGCCGAAGGUCAGAUACUGCAUCUGAAGAGAAGUCAGCUCAACCUGCAUUGCGGGGAGAGCGCCAAGUCUUUCCGCCCACGCCACCUCCCGAGAACGAGUUUUCACCGUCUGCACAAAAGCCGGCCCGUAGUAACACAGUUGGUGGACCAUCAGCUGGUAGAUCGCUAUCUGUGCGUGGGGCGGCACCGACACGCGCCAGAAGCCAUGACCGUGACAGAGGCGGUGAUAGGAUCGACGAGGGUGCCGGAGGACGUUAUAGUCCCCCACCAAGGAGACCUACUGUUCGGGGUCAACUAGAACCUCGUCGUGCCUACUCAACACGUGCCCCUUCCUCCUCCUCUUCAGCCUCAGUCGCGUCAAGAUCGAGGACUGUUCGCGAAGCGCCCCGACGCCGGGAUGACCGUAUGGCGGAGUACGCGGAUGAAAUCGAAGCCCCACGAAGAGGAGGCCCUACAGGUGGUUCAGUCAGAAACCGGGGCCUUGCGCGCCGCCCAACAACUAGGGAUCGUUACGCAGAUGAGGACGAAUACGCCAGUGAGGCGUACGAAGGGUCCUCUUUUGAUGAGGACGAAUUUGAAAUGCUUGAUGCCCGCAGCAUCCGUAGUGGAUCGUCCCGUCGUCCAGAUGUGAAAAAGAUUAAAGUUAAAGCUCAUCACGAGGAUGACACACGCAUGAUCUUGAUAUCGACAGGGACAGACUUUGAUGAAUUCGUCACUCGCUUAAAGGACAAAUUCGGAUUCCGACGCAAAGUUAGGUGUAAAAUCCGGGACGAGGAUGGUGAUGGUAUGAUUAGUCUCUCGGAUCAAGAGGAUCUAGAUAUGGCCAUAUCAUCAAGCAAAAAGGCCGCGCGGCGUGACCGUACCGACGUCGGAAAGCUCGAGAUUUGGGUCACAGAAACAUGAUCGGAUCAAAUUCUCAACCUCUGCACCAUCGGAACCAUUUUCUUCCGCUUUUUUUCUUUUUUUGACCGACCUCGGCUGACUUUGCUUCGCUACUCUCAUUUAUCACUAAUCCAUUCCGGGCAAUCUUAAAUAUUAUAUACCUUCAGCCCUACAAACUUUUUUUAUUUCCUAUUCUGCUUGUCGUUUAUUGGGAUUUAUAUUGCAUGACUAUCCUACUACGGGAGUCAUUUGAACUGCAUAUGCAAAACCGGAUCCUCUCGAUAUCCAAUUUCCAUCGAUGACCGCAUAUUCUGGAAGAAUGAUAAUCUGGGGUGUUCCUUUUUGUUGCCUCAAUUGAGUGUUUGUUUUUUGUUUUUUUUCGUUCUUUAUUCCAAUUGUUUGUCCUCCACCCAUAAUUUGUGUUUUUUUCCUUUUCUGUAUUGUAUGUCGCCGCAGCCAGCGAGGCACCAUUUUUCAUUUUCUUUCUCACUUGUCAUACUUUUUACCUUUUUCUAGUAGUCUCCUCAGACAGUUGAAACGCCCUGAUGAAGAACGGCACGCCUACCCCAUAAGUUACAGUAGUUUAGAUUGAAGCAUAUUUAUUAUUUUA